UAUAUAUAUAUAUACAUACAUACAUACAGAAAAUAACGUGUCAGUAUUAAAAAUAUAAAUGUUUUGUUUCAUAUCUUAUUGACCGAAUCCACUUAUGGUUUUGGAUUGCUACUGUAUCUAUGUAUUUGUCGUUUCGUUACCGGGUAGUGUUUUGAGGAUUCGCAGUUAUCAUUGUUUGUACCGUUGUUUCUUACCGCGUGAUUAUGUUAUACCAUGUGCAUCCGUUGUAAAAUCCACUGCUGUAUACUUGUUACAGUGUAUUAUCUUUGCAAUGAUUGUGACAUCAUAUUGUAUCAACUAUGAAACCGACGAUACCUACAGAUACCGAUUUAAGUUACCAAGAAUAAGGAAUGACGUAACUCGGUUUGAGUUUUCCGUUCAAGCCUCAAACGACGUGCACAUUGCACUAUCGUCACAGAAGGAAGAAGUCCGUGAGAUGUACGAAAUCGUCAUUGGCGGAUGGGGCAACACUAAAUCAGUCAUCCGACGAUGCAAACAGUGCACAAAUCUUGUUUCAGAGAGGCGUUCCAAUGGUUUUCUGGACUCGGGAGGGUUUCGAAAAUUCUGGAUCUCUUUUGCUGACAGCACAAUCUCGGUAGGCGCUGAAAACGAGCCGGCAUUUAUGGAGUAUACUGAUGACGAUCCGUUGGAACUUCACUAUGUCGGCUAUACUACUGGCUGGGGAAGCAAUGGAAAUUUUAGAUUCUGUGAAUUAGGCUUACUCCAAGUCGUGGCUUGCGAGCGUGACUCUGCCGAACUGCGAUGCAGGGGAUCUUCUCGUAUUGUCGUCAUGCACGCGACGUAUGGACGCACGAACCGUGAAACGUGUCCCAGUCGUUCUAUACGCACCACCGACUGCCGAACCAACGGAAAUGUCGCCGUCAGAGAGGUACGAGAACGCUGCAAUGGACGUCAACGAUGCCAGGUAACCGCAUCUAACGGAAUCUUUGGCGACCCGUGCCGCGGGACUCACAAGUACCUGAACAUUGUAUACCGAUGUGCUGGGGGAUAUGACGGAGAUUGCGUCGUUUACAGAACGGAUACACAAUACGAGUACCGUUACCUCAUUCCUAGGCUUGAGCAAGGAGAAACGCGUUUGGAAUUUAGCGUAAGGGCGCGAAAUGACGUGCAUAUAGCUUUUUCGUCUGAAGAACGUGACACGCCAGCCAUGUACGAGAUUGUGAUCGGUGGCUGGAGUAAUAGCAAGUCCGUUAUUCGUCGUUGCAAACAGUGCGAUAAUCUUGUUGAAAAAAGGAAGAGGGAUGGAUUUCUUGAUCGUCAGAUUUAUCAAAACAUUUGGAUUACUUUCGAGAACGGCUUGAUACAAGUAGGUUAUCAAGGGGACGACGCUUUCAUGGAAUGGCGUGACAAUAAUCCAUUGCCUGUCAACUACAUCGGUUUCACUACAGGUUGGAGAAGUGAUGGUGUUUUCCGUUUUUGUGAUAUGGGAAUAUUGCAUGUACAAUCUUGUGAGGGAGAAACUGGAACUAUUGAGUGUGGUCCAAACCAUUCCAUUAACAUCUACGAGGGAUUUUACGGUCGAAAAAAUAGGGGCGCCUGUUCCGAUGGACCAAUCAGAACCACUGAUUGCUCUGCACGAAGCGCACCCACCAAGAUAACAGAACGUUGUGAUGGCCAACAGCAGUGUUCGAUUGAUGCAACCAAUUCUGUAUUUGGGGACCCGUGUCGAGGCACCCAUAAGUACAUGAGGAUUCUGUAUUUCUGUAGACCUAACGAAGUUGUUACUACGGAAGCACCAACAGAACAGACAUCUGUGCAAAUUGUUGGUGACAACUGCCUGUUGUUUGAAACGGAUACUCAGUACCGUUACCGUUACACUCUUCCACGGAUCCCACAAGGUGUAAAUGUAAUUACAUUUCGAGUUAAGGCAAGAAACGAUGUUCAUAUUGCGCUGUCACCGGAAAACAACGAUGUAGAUGAAGAGUAUGAAAUUGUGAUUGGGGGUUGGAGAAACACCAAAUCUGUCAUUAGACGCAGCCGCCAGGGUGAUAACUUAGCAGUCUAUGUCAACAGAAAUGGAUUUGUAGACACAGAGGAGUUCCGACGAUUUUGGAUCAGUUUUCGCGGUGGAGACAUCCGUGUUGGUGAAGACGGAAAACCAGCAUUUAUGCACCUUCCUGAUGGCUCGCCUAUUGAUGUUCAUUACAUUGGAUAUACCACUGGAUGGGGUAGCGAUGGAGAAUUUAAGUUUUGUGAUUUUGGUGAAGCAUCCAUUAACAAUAUUCCGCCUGGGUUCCUAGAACGUGCAUGUGAACGAGAAUCCAUUUCUAUUGAAUGUGGAGCGUUGAACGUUUUGAUUUACAGCGCCAGCUAUGGAAGGCACAAUGACUGGAUAUGUCCCCACAGAUCAAUACAAACAACAGAAUGCGAGGCUGAUACUUCAUUGAGUGUCGCAACCGAGCAUUGUCAAGGUGCUCGCAGCUGUACAAUCUCAGCGAACAAUAAUGUGUUUGGCGAUCCAUGUCCAGGGACCUUCAAGUACCUUGAAGUCGCGUAUGAUUGUGUCCAACCUCCCCACUCAAAUCAAAUUUUGGAUGAAUGCGCAGCUCCCUUAGGGAUGGAAGAUGGCCACAUAGAUGGUAACAGAAUCACUGCUUCAAGCAAUGCUGGUGAAGAAUUUGUCCCGUCAGCUGGACGCCUAAAUGGCAAUGGCGCUUGGUGUGCGGGCACAGAUGAUACUGAUCAAUACCUCCAAAUACACUUGCCAUACUUAGGCACCAUCGCUGGGUUGGUGAUUCAGGGUAGAGCAACCAACCCUGCUUGGGUCGAGUCAUAUGAAGUGCAGUACAGUCGGGACGGAAGAAAUUGGACUCCUGUUGGGCUUAAUGGUCCAGCGAUCUUUCCUGGAAAUUCAGAUGGCGCUGAUACAUCCGAACAACGCUUUGCGCAACCAAUUGAAGCCAUAUUCAUUCGCAUUUUACCUAAAUCAUGGAGCGACCAUAUCUGCAUGCGAGUUGAAUUGCUUGGCUGUAAUGAUGGAGUACUUCCUGAGUAUGCCAUCCAAGAACAAGAAUGCAGAGAAUCACUUGGAAUGGAAGAUGGCAGACUAGCAUCCACACGGUUAUCUGCCUCAACCUCUCAUGACCAACGACACAUGGCUAUCAAUGGCCGCCUUCAAGCUCGAGGUUCAUGGUGUUCUCGUGAAUUGGACACCAACCAAUGGGUGCAAGUCAGCCUACCACAUCCGUAUACAAUAACUGGGAUAACGACUCAAGGACGUUCAGAUUACGACCAAUGGGUGACGUCGUAUAAGAUACAAUAUAGCAUGGAUGGAGCUAGGUGGCAAGAUAUCAUGUCCAGCUCAGGGAAUGCAUUGGCAUUUCCAGCUAACAGUGAUAGGGACACGCCAGUCACCAACAUAUUUGGUUCACCAAUCGUUGCCUCUGUCAUUCGAGUAAAUCCUCUUACUUGGAACGGUCACAUUAGCAUGCGCUUUGAACUUCUCGGUUGUCAAGUGAGUCAGCUGCCAGUGUCACAGACUAGAUACAAUGCCAUAACAUCAUGCCGUAAUCAACUUGGCAUGGAAGAUGGAACGAUUAUUGACGACCGUAUCACAGCCUCCAGCAUAAUGAGUGAUGCUGGUAGCACAUCCCAUGCUCGCCUCAACUAUGAGGGAGGUCGAGGAGAUUUUGGUGGCUGGGUUCCCAGUUCUAGCGAUGAAAACCAAUGGAUCCAAGUAUCUCUUGACUCGCCAAAGCAAAUCAGCGGAAUUAUAACCCAAGGCCGAUCAGAUGAUAAUCACCGUGUAACAUCAUACAGAGUGGAAUUCAGCGUGGACAAUGUUAUUUGGCGCGCCAUAUCAGCAGAUGGAAAUGAACCAAAACUGUUUGCAGGGAAUACUGAUAGAAGCAGUCAAGAGACGAACUACUUUCCAGAACCAGUUAUAGCUAGUUAUGUCCGGAUCAGACCUGUUUCAUGGGAACGCCGCAUCAGUAUGAGGUUUGAAUUACUAGGGUGUGAUGUAAAUGAAGAACAAGUUCAAACUUUCACCCGACUUGUCUGUGAACGGGAUACCAUGCAGCUGAUGUGUGUUAGAGGCACUAUCAACAUUGUGGAAGCAAUGUACGGACGUCUUAAUGAUGACAACUGCCCAAGUGGCCCAAUGAAUGAUUUUACAUGUACAUCAGAGACCAGUACAGAGGUGGUGAUGACCCCAUGCCAGGGCAGACAACAGUGCACUAUUACAGCAACUAAUGGCGUUUUUGGUGAUCCUUGUCAGGGAACAUUUAAAUAUCUUGAGGUUAAAUAUCAAUGCUUAGGAGAAGCAAUAUGUGCCGAACCAGUUGGAAUGCAAGAUGGCUCAAUAUCUAGCGACCGUAUCACUGCCUCUAGCGAGUACAAUCGCAAUUGUGGAUCAUCAUUUGGACGAUUACAGAAUACAGACAGAUCUGGUGCGUGGUGUGCACAGUCCAACGACCAGAGCCAGUGGCUUCAAAUCAAUCUCGGGGAGCCUCACACAAUCUCUGGUGUUCUCACUCAGGGACGUUCAAAUAAUGACCAAUGGGUGACAAGCUUUACUGUACAAUAUAAGAUGGAUGGUCAAGACUGGACAGAUAUAGUGGACAGUAAUGGAAACGUCAAUAUUUUCACUGGUAAUGAGAACCGAAACACUGUGAAGACAAAUUUGUUUCCAACAGCAGUAACAGCACAAGACAUUAAGAUCCUGCCACAGACUUGGGAAAGACAUAUAAGCAUGCGUGUUGAACUACUGGGUUGUGAAGCUACUGAAGGUGCUGCUAAUGAUGUUGUGAUCAAUCCAACUUGUGAGCCACAGACAUCUGAGGUUUGUGAGCGGGAAUCAAUGAGUCUACGCUGUCAGGUUGGUACUAUCAAUAUCCUUGAUGCUAUGUACGGACGCGAUUCAAGUGAAACUUGCAACCCAAAUCCAAGCCACAACACAGACUGCCGAGCUGCAACAUCGCUAGAGGAACUUAGAACAGCUUGUCAGGGUGAAAGGAAUUGUGAGAUCAGAGCUUCUAAUGGUGUUUUUGGAGAUCCCUGUCCUGGCACAUUUAAGUUCCUUAGAGUCAGUUACUGUUGUGAAGUUCCAGAGGAACCAGAGGAGCCUACAAAUCACCUAACUGAAACCGUGUGUGAACGAGAGGAGAUGCAGCUAUCCUGUAACGAAGGAAGUCUCAGAAUCCACAAUGCAUUCUACGGCCGUGCUGAUGAAGAAACAUGUCCCGGUGGUUCAGUUGGUUCUACAUCUUGUACUGCUGAAGGCGCACUUCAAAUAGUACGCAAUUCUUGCCAACGUCAGCGUUCGUGCGCUAUAGGAGCCGAAAAUCGUGUCUUCAAUGAUCCGUGUCGUGGAAUAUACAAAUAUCUCCAAGUAUCAUAUACAUGUGAAGCGGAUGAAGAAGAUUGUUUGGUAGCCACUGAGCAAGUGUGCGAACGUCAACCUCUUCAACUCCGAUGCAGAUCAGGUGAAAUAGAGAUCAUUGAUGCCAUGUAUGGACGCGAUGAGCGCAGGUCCUGUAGAGGCUCAAACAACUAUCCUGUCGACUGUGUAGCAGAAUCGUCUCUAGAACAGGUCAGAGCAGCAUGUGAUGGUCAGCGCAACUGUAGAAUCAGAGCCACUAAUGAUCGAUUUGGUGAUCCAUGCAGAGGUGUACGGAAAUUUCUUAGAGUAACCUACUGUUGCCGAGGAGCUACUGAGAGGGGGCCUGAACGGCCGCGCCGAAGGCCAGAGAGGGACUCCUCGUUCAGUACCUGUAUUGGAUGGGGUGACCCUCAUUACAUUACAUUUGAUGGACGUAGGAAAAACUUCCAGGGUAACUGCACAUAUACGUUUGUUCGAGAUGCUACUGAUGACGAACCAGCAUUCACUGUGAACGUCAAGAAUCAGUACCGAACCCGGCCACAUGUCACAUUGGCAGAAUACGUUUUGGUUAACGUUAGCGGUAUUCUGAUCCGACUAAACAGAAACUUUGAUACCUUGAUAAAUGGUGUGAGGUCAGUUCUGCCGUACAUCCCGUCAAACCACCUGUCAGUGUCCAUGUCUGGCAGAAAUCUCUUGCUUGUAACCGACAUUGGAUUCUGGCUUACGUGGGAUGGUAAUUCUAAGAUUGAAGUUGGAGUUAGCGCGGACUACGAGGGCAAUGUGGAGGGUUUGUGUGGUAACUAUGAUUCUGACCCCAACAAUGACUUAAUGCUUCCAGAUGGUUCUCUAACCGAUGAUGAGAAUGUAUGGGGUAACAGCUGGAAUGUUAUAGACAGUACACAAUGCCGUCCAAUUGAUGAGGAACCAGUUGAAUGCGACCCUGACAACGAAGCCCUCUACAGGGCAAAUGAUCAAUGCGGUAUCCUGACAGAUCCGAAUGGUCCAUUUGAACCCUGCUUUGGCAGAAUUCCAAAUGAAGGAAUCUUUGAAGAUUGCAUAUUUGACAUGUGCCAUAUUGGAGACACUGCUCAAUUAUGCAAUAACUUAGAGGAAUAUUUUGAUAGCUGUAGAGAAGCUGGUGUACAACUUAACUCAUUCAGGACACCAACGCUUUGCCCACUGCAAUGUGGAGAAAAUAGCCACUAUGAAUCUGCUAUGUCAGCCUGCACUCCCUCGUGCGUCUCCAACGAACCUGCAGAAGACUGCGAAGAGCCAGAAUUAGAAGGAUGCCAAUGUGAUGAGGGCUUUGUACUCAGCGGUACCAUAUGCAUUCCUCUUUCGGAAUGUGGUUGUACAGACGACGAGGGAUUCUAUUUCCCUUACCAACAUCGGUGGACCGCCCUCAAUUGCUCUAUGGAAUGCCACUGCGCUGCUGGUGGGGAGAUUGUGUGCAAUGAUAUGAGCUGCAAUUCAAACGCGGCAUGUCUGUCAGUUGAAGGAAACCACGGUUGCUUCUGUAAUGAAGGCUAUGAAGGAGAUGGUGUUGCUACAUGUGAAGAGGUUGUACCACAAGCAAUUACCAAUGAGGAAAUCGCUUGUGAGAAUGAAGAUAUCGAGAUAGAAUGCGGUGCAGAGAACAUUCUAAUUCAGACUGCUUUCUUUGGACGUCUGGAAGACGAUGUUUGUGAGGGCAAUGACAGAAAUCCAGAUCUUUCCUGUAGUGCAAACUCAGCACAGUUCUUGGUUGAUCAACAUUGCAACGGCUUACAUUCCUGCACCAUCCCGGCGAAUGUGCUCUUCUUUGGUGAUCCGUGUGAAGGCACAAGCAAGUACCUCAGAAUUACGUACCAGUGUGUUUCAGAACAAAAUAAUGAACGACAAGAAUAUUCUGCACCAUUUACGAUGAAGGUGUGCGAGCGUGACAGAAUGAAUCUUCACUGCGGCCAUUCCAACAUUGACAUCAUGGAAUCCAUGUAUGGCAGGACAGAUCCUGACAGCUGCCCUCAUAGAAGCAUCCAGACAACUGAAUGCAGAGCAGACAGCUCCCUCUCGGUGGUCCGUGAAAGUUGUCAAGGAGAACACAGCUGUACAAUUCGUGCUAAUAAUGGUGUCUUUGGUGACCCUUGUCGUGGAACGUAUAAGUUCUUGGAAGUUACAUAUCGAUGUGGUUUCAGUGGUGAUCAAUCAGCACUUCGUUCAGUCUGGGAAGGUAUUCAAGAAGAGAGUGGCAAGUGCUCUGGUAUUGGAGAUCCACAUUACACCACAUUUGACGGCAAGAGGCAGGAUUACCAAGGCAAUUGCACCUAUGUCUUUCUUAGAGAUGCCCUCAACAGCCCACCACAAUUUACUGUUUUUGUCAAAAAUCAGUUCCGUCAAAAACCAACUGUGACGCUGGCCGACCAUGUCAUUGUUAACGCGACUGGAUAUGAAAUACGAUUAAAUCAUGCCCAUGAGACAUGGGUUAAUGGUAUAAGAAUCCGCCUCCCAUUUUCACCACUUGAUGCCGAUCUGACUGUGGAAAUGAUUGGAAGAAAUGUCAUGGUGUCAUCGGGCAUUGGAUUUUGGGUAACAUGGGAUGGUAACAAUCGGGUAGAGGCUGGUGUGAGUGACCAGUACCAAGGCCAUACUGAAGGUUUGUGUGGAGACUACAACGGAGAUCCAGCCAAUGAUUUAAUAGUUGCUGGUGGUGGUACUACACAAAAUGGCAAUGAAUGGGGAGACAGCUGGAAUUCUGAUCCAAGAUGCGAACCAUCUGAAAUCGAACCAAGGGAAAUCAGUGAGGCUAAGCGUGCACUGUAUGCAUCUCCAAUAAUGUGCGGGAGGAUAACUGAUCCUGAGGGAGUAUUUGCAGCCUGUCAUGAAACGAUUGAUCCCGCUGGGCCUUUCGACGAAUGUAUGUUUGAUAUGGCUAACCUGGGAGACACAGUCCAAUUGUGUAACAACCUGGAGAAUUAUUUCAUCGCUUGUAGAGAGAGAGCUAUACCGGUUCAGACUUUCAGAACUGAUACUCUAUGCCCAAUAACUUGUCAGGAAAACAGCCACUACUCAACAUGUACAUCUGCAUGUCCUAUAACAUGUGCAUUCGAUGAUGAUUCAGACAUAUGCGAGGAACCAUGUGUAGAAGGCUGUGAAUGCAACGAAGGAUAUAUGCUCAGCAAUGGCCGAUGUGUACCAACAGAAGAAUGUGGCUGCAUGGAUCCUGAUGGCAUCUACCACAUGCUUGGAGACGAGUGGGUGUCGCCCAACUGCACUCUGGAAUGUAUUUGCCAAUCUGGAGACAAUAUUGUCUGUGAGGCAAUCACGUGUCAUGAUCAUGCUUCAUGCUCAAGUAUAGAGGGUGCUCAUGGCUGUCAUUGUGAACCUGGAUACGAGGGAGAUGGUAUAGAUACUUGUGAUGAGGUGGCCAUACCAGAGGAUGAUUGCGUGCAUCAAACCGUGCAGGUAUGUGAAAGGGACAAACUCAGGUUGGAGUGUGAAAGUGGAGAAAUCCGCAUCAUUUCUGCCCUGUAUGGUCGGGAUGAGGUAGAGACAUGCGAUGGCCGGCCUGACCAUCCGGUAGACUGCGCCGCUGAAAGCUCCUUUCAGACAGUUCAUGAAAAAUGCGAGAUCCGUAGCAGUUGCUCGGUAAGAGCACACAACAGAGUUUUUGGUGAUCCAUGUCCAGGUGUUCGCAAGAUGCUUCGAGUGACCUACUGUUGUGCCGGGGCUCGAGAAGCUCUAGAAUCAUAUACCCAACAUGCUUGUGAGAAUGAUCGGUUACGGAUGAAUUGUGGAGGAAAUCGCAUCGAUGUUGUCAGCGCAAUGUAUGGGCGUGCAAACCGAGAAAUAUGUCCAACAGGCCCGAUAGAAGAUACUGAAUGCAGUGCAGAGGGUGCCCUAGAACAUGUAAUGUCAGUUUGCAACAGUAGGAAAGCAUGCAACGUUGUGGCUCGUAAUAGAGAGUUCACUGAUCCUUGUGUGGGGACAUACAAGUACCUAGAAGUUUCAUUCCGAUGUAUUGAUAGUAAUGGUGAGGUUGUUGCACCUAGAAUACAAAGGAGCCGAGAAAGAAGGAAUAGAAACCGUCCUGAACGACCCAGUAGGAGGAGAGGGAGGCGAGGUUGCAAGUGCUCUGGAUGGGGAGAUCCACAUUACGUAAACUUUGAUGGAAAACGGUUUGAUUUCCAGGGCAACUGUUCGUAUACCUUUGUCAGGGAUACACUCAACGAUCCCCCUCUCUUCUCAGUCACUGUGAAGAAUCAGUUUAAAAAUGGAUAUGGAGGAGUAGCAUUGGCUGAAUAUGUUGUUGUCAAUGUUAGCGGACAUGAGAUACGUCUGAAUCGGCAGUAUGUAACUUUUAUCGAUGGCAGAGAAAUUGUAUUACCAUACUCCCCAUCUGAAAGUCUUUCAGUUGAGAUGAGUGGUAGGGAUAUCCUUGUUAAUACAGGCCAUGAUUUCUGGCUAACAUGGGAUGGAAAAAACCGUGUUGAAACAGGUACUGGUGAACAGUACCGUGAGCACUUGGAAGGCCUGUGUGGUAACUGUAACAGCAACCGACGUGAUGAUUUAGUGAAACCUGAUGGAUCCUUAACAGACAAUGUUCAUGAAUGGGGAGAGAGCUGGAAUGUUGAUCCGGUUUGUCAACCAAGCGAAGAAGUUACCAGCUCCUGUACAAAUGAUGCCCGUGCGGUGUACUCAUCCAACGAAUACUGUGGUAAAAUCACUGACACUGGCCCUGACAGCACGUUCGCUGCCUGCCAUGAUACCAUUGAUCCCCAAAUUUAUUUUGAUGACUGUGUCUUUGACACAUGCCACAUCGGCAAUGAUGAACAACUGUGUAACAACCUAGAUGCCUACUACCAGGCCUGCCGCGAAGAGGGUGUGUUCCUAGAAACGUUCAGAACUGCCGAACUUUGUCCAAUUGAAUGUGGGGCACACAGCCAUUACUCUCCAUGUGCUUCAGCAUGCCCAGACACAUGUUCCUUCACCAUCCCUGAAGAAGAUUGCGGAGAUAUUUGCGUAGAAGCAUGCGAAUGUGAUGAAGGCUUUGUUCUGAAUGGAAUAGAAUGCGUCUCUGUGGAUGAGUGCGGGUGCACAACUGACGAUUUCUUUAAUUACAGGGUUGGUGACAGUUGGAUAUCAAAUGACUGUACGCAAGAAUGCUCAUGUCAAGGUCUUGGAAUUAUUGCGUGUUUCAAUCUAACCUGUAGCUCAUCAGCCGAAUGCACAACCAACGAAGGUGUUCAUGGGUGUUUCUGUUUGCCAGGCUUUGAAGGUGAUGGUCUCGAAUGUGAGGAUAUUUGUCAUCGCGGAAUUGGAGUCGAGAGUGGCUUGAUUCAUGACUUCCAACUUCAGGCAUCAACUGAAUGGGAUCCAAACCAUGGAGCCUCCCGUGCACGUCUCAACAGUCUCCAGAGUGGAGCUCUGCGUGGCUCGUGGUCUGCAAAGUUCAAUAACCCCGGUCAAUGGAUUCAAGUGAACCUACCACACGAGUUCAUGGUAACUGGUGUUGUCUCUCAAGGUAGACAAGAUCUUGACCAAUGGGUGACUUCGUACCAAGUGUCCUACACCCUUGAUGGUGUCCAUUACUUCAGUGUUUUGAAUGAAAAUGAACAGCCAAUGGAUUUUGUUGGAAAUAGUGAUCGUAAUACACCAGUGACUAACUACUUCCCAGAACCGGUUGAAGCUCGUUCAGUCCAGAUCCGAGCAACAUCUUGGAGUGGACAUAUUAGCAUGCGAGUAGAGGUUCUCGGAUGUGACGAGGUACGCGCAAGCCGUACAAACACUAUUGAACCAGAAAUUUGUCUUGAACCAAUGGGCUUGCAAGACGGCACUCUGAUAUCUGCCAGCCUUCAAGCAUCCAGCGAAUUUGAUGACAGCUUACAAGCAGACAAUGCACGCUUGAAUGCUGUUGCUGAUGAUACAAAUGGAGGUAGCUGGUCUGCUCAGAAUAACGACCAUGACCAGUGGUUACAAGUUAACCUUGGUGAACCAGCAAUGGUUACCGGACUUAUCACUCAGGGGCGCAAUGGUAUAGAUCAAUGGGUUGAGGCUUACUCUGUUGACUUUACAGAAGAUGGAGAAACGUGGGAGCAUGUCUUGGACAGCAAUAAUGAAAUCAAAUACUUCCCAGCAAACAUGGACCAAAAUGGCCAUGUGACAAACCACAUACCGGUACCAGUGCGGGCAAUUGCUAUCAGGGUUAAACCCUCUGUCUGGUAUGGCCACAUCAGUAUGAGAUUGGAGGUUCUUGGUUGUGCAGUUCCUGAUGAAGAUAGUGAAGGAGGUGAAUGUAUGGAGCCCAUGGGAAUGGAAUCUGGACAAAUAUCAACACAGAGUUUGACUGCUUCAACGGAAUACGACCAGAACCAUGGUGCACGACGUGCAAGGCUUAACAUAGGUCGAGAAGGGUCAGAAACAGGUGCUUGGUCUGCCCAGAGGAAUGAUCAUUCACAGUGGAUCCAGGCCGAUUUGGGUUCAUCACAGACAUUGACGGGAAUAAUCACCCAGGGCAGGAGUGAUGUUGACCAGUGGGUUAUCACCUUUCAAGUGCAGUAUAGUCAAGACAGCCUGGCCUGGUUAGAAUUAGUUGGAAAUGGAAACCAAGUUGAGGAGUUUGUUGGCAAUACCGAUCGUGACACGCCUGUGACCAAUUUGUUUCCAACACCAAUCAGUGCACAGUUCUUGCGUGUUCAUCCUACAGCAUGGAAUGGACACAUAAGCAUGCGGUUUGAACUUCUUGGUUGUAACGAAGAGAUGAAUGUAACUGAACCAGAAUGCUCUAGUCCGCUUGGUAUGCGAGAUGGAUCCAUUCCAGAUGGCAGCCUUUCCGUCUCCAGUCAAUGGGAUGCGAUUCACGGUGCUCUUGGGGCCCGGUAUCACUCCAGUAGAACAUCAAGCAAUGUUGGCUCAUGGAGCGCACAGGUAAACGAUGCCAAUCAAUGGAUCCAAGUGGACUUUGGAACCCGCGAUAUUGUCAUGGUUACCGGAAUAACAACGCAAGGGAGAUCUGAUCAUGAACAGUGGGUCACUGCUUACAAUGUACAGUACAGUCAGAAUGGGGAAACAUUCCUAACUGUUAGUGAUGAAGAUGGAAACCCACAGGAAUUUGAAGGCAAUCAUAAUCAGUUUGCCGGACAGUACAAUUACUUCGCUGAGCCAAUCCAGGCCAGGUACAUCCGUAUUAACCCAACUCAGUGGCAUGGGCAUAUCAGUCUCCGAUUUGAACUUCUUGGCUGUCGAGAACCGAUCCCUAUACCACCAGGCGCAGCCAACUGCACUGAUUACAUGGGAGUGGCAUCAAACGCCAUCUCAAAUGAUAAUAUUCAAGCGUCGAGUGAGUGGAAUGCUCAACACGGCCCGCAACGUGGAAGGCUAAACAUUCGUCCAGACAGUGGCGGCAUUGGUUCCUGGUCUGCGCAAACUAACAACCUGGACCAAUGGAUCCAAGCCAACCUUGGUGCUGUCAAGACUGUCACUGGUGUAAUCACACAAGGAAGAAGUGGCCUUGACCAAUGGGUGACUGCAUUUGAAGUGUUGUACAGUAACGAUGGAGGUGAUUGGCAGACAGUUGAGGAAGGCGGUCAUACAUUGGUUUUUACUGGAAAUACUGACCAGGAGACUGCUGUUACCAACAUGUUCCCAACGUCGGUUGAAGCACAGUAUGUUCGCAUUCACCCUACUGCAUGGUUUGGUCACAUUAGUCUGCGCUUUGAAAUCUUAGGCUGUAGAGGUGAGGAAGUGGAGGUAGAAAUUCCUGAAGAUUGUACAACACAUGCUUUGGGUAUGCAGUCAAGAGCUAUCCCAUCAGGAAACAUCCGUGCUUCGAGCGAGUACAAUGCUCAACAUGGUGCACGCCGUGCUCGACUGAACAUCAUACCAGACAGUGAUGGCAUUGGAUCAUGGGCAGCCAGGAGCAAUAAUCGUGAUCAAUGGAUCCAAGCUGACUUGUUUAUAGCGAAACGUGUGACUGGUGUGGUAACCCAGGGACGCAAUGGUAACUACGACCAAUGGGUGACAUCGUUUGAGGUCCUAUAUGGUAUGGAUGGUAAUAAUUGGGAGACGGUUACUAGUAACAGCGGACAACCGAUUGAAUUUGUUGGUAAUAAUGACAAGGAUACUCCUGUUAGCAAUCUAUUCCCAGUUGAGAUACAAGCACGUUUUAUUCGAAUCCAUCCUCUGCGAUGGAAUGGGCACAUCAGUAUGAGAUUUGAGAUCCUUGGAUGCCCAGAUACUGAACCAGCAGAACAGUUCUGCACUGGAGCUUUGGGAAUUGAGAGUCGUGAUAUCCAGUUAAUAGCAUCCAGUGAGUAUAAUGCACAACAUGGAGCUACACGUGGUAGACUCAACAUCACACCAGGAAGUGGUGGUAUUGGUGCUUGGGCUGCACAAUCCAACAACCAAAACCAAUGGAUUCAAGCUGAUAUUGGUGCUUUGAAAGAAGUAACUGGAGUAAUCACACAAGGUCGCAACGGAGGCUAUGAUCAAUGGGUGACAUCAUAUAAAGUAUCUUACAGUAUUGAUGGCAGUAACUUUCAACCAAUCAUGGGAGCUGGUGGCCAGGCAGCUGAGUUUGUAGGAAACAGUGACCCAGAUACAGCAGUUACCAAUCUGUUUGCUGCCCCCGUACAUGCUCAAUAUGUACGUAUUGAACCAAUUAGCUGGAACAACCACAUCAGUAUGAGGAUAGAGAUAGUUGGAUGUCCAGAGGAAAUUGAAGAUGAAAGAUGCAGAGACCCAAUGGGUAUGGAGUCCAUUGAUAUUCCAUCAAACAAUAUUGAAGCUUCCAGUGAGUACAACGAUCAACAUGGUGCACGCCGUGCUCGCCUAAACAUAGCUCCUGACAGUGAUGGCAUCGGAUCAUGGGCAGCAAGAACAAAUGACCGGGACCAGUGGAUCCAGGUAAACCUUGGAGAGGUGAAGGAAGUGACUGGUGUGAUAACUCAAGGAAGAAAUGGCAACUAUGACCAAUGGGUAACUUCUUAUGAAGUCUUGUACAGCAUGGAUGGCAGCAACUGGGAAUCCAUUCUUGGGAGUGAUGGACAACCAAAGGCAUUUGUUGGCAACAGUGACAAGAACACUCCAGCCACAUCUCUAUUCAUUGAGCCACUGACAACUCAAUAUGUUCGUAUUCAUCCACUAGCAUGGAAUGGACACAUCAGUAUGAGAUUUGAGGUUCUAGGUUGUGCAGUUCCUGUUGAAGACACUACUGCUGAUUGCCGAGCACCAUCUGGGUUGGAGUCAUUUGCAGUCCCAUCAGCUGCUAUAACAGCUUCCAGCGAAUACAAUGCUCAACAUGGCGCACGUCGCGGUCGACUCAACUUAGCUCCUGAUGGUGAUGGCAUCGGAGCGUGGGCUGCAAGGGCAAAUGACCGUAACCAAUGGAUCCAAGUCAACCUGGGAGAGGUGACAGAAGUUACUGGUGUGAUAACUCAAGGAAGAAAUGGUAACUAUGACCAAUGGGUGACUGCUUAUGAAGUGCUUUAUGGAAUGGAUGGCACCAACUGGAAUUCAAUUCUUGGAGCAGAUGGACAAGCAAGGGAAUUUGUUGGUAAUUCUGACAAGGAUACACAAGUAACAAACCUGUUCCCUGCAGCAGUAAAUGCACAGUACAUCAGAAUCCAUCCUCUAAGAUGGAAUGGUCACAUUAGUAUGCGAUUUGAAGUCCUUGCAUGCCCAGUGGACGAUCAAGAACCCGAAGUUACACAUCCAGAGUCUUGUGUUAAUAAUGGCUUGGGCAUGGAGUCUCGAUCUAUCCCAUCCGACAACAUACAGGCUUCCAGUGAAUUCAAUGCCCAACAUGGUGCACGACGUGCUCGACUGAACAUUGUACCAGACAGUGACGGCAUUGGAUCAUGGGCAGCCAGAGGCAAUAAUCGUGAUCAGUGGAUCCAAGCUGACCUGAGUGAAGUGAAACGAGUAACAGGUGUGGUGACCCAGGGACGUAAUGGAAAUUAUGACCAAUGGGUAAAAUCUUAUGAGGUUUUGUAUGGUAUGGAUGGCACCAACUGGGAGACAAUUAUGUUUACUUCAGGCAUACCAAUGGAAUUUGUUGGUAAUUCAGAUAAAGACACUGCUGUCACCAAUUUGUUUCCUGUAGAGGUUCAGGCCCGGUUUAUUCGAAUACAUCCUCUCACCUGGAAUGGACACAUCAGCAUGAGAUUUGAGGUCCUAGGUUGUCCAGGAUCUGAACCCGUUGAGGAAUUCUGUGAAGAUGCUUUGGGAGUGGAGACUGAAGAUAUCCAGUUAACAGCAUCCAGUGAGUAUAAUGCACAACAUGGAGCUGCACGUGGUAGACUCAAUAUCACACCAGGAAAUGGUGGUAUUGGUGCUUGGGCUGCACAAUCCAACAACCAAAACCAAUGGAUUCAAGCUGAUAUUGGUGCUUUGAAAGAAGUAACUGGAGUAAUCACACAAGGUCGCAACGGAGGCUAUGACCAAUGGGUGACAUCAUAUAAAGUAUCUUACAGUAUUGAUGGCAGUAACUUUGAAUCAGUUAUGGGAACCAGUGGAAAUGCAGCUGAGUUUGGUGGAAACUCUGACCCAGAUACAGCUGUUAAAAAUCUGUUUGCUGCCCCUAUACAUGCUCAGUAUGUACGUAUUGAACCAAUCAGCUGGAACAACCACAUCAGUAUGAGGAUAGAGAUAGUUGGAUGUCCAGAGGAGCUGGAAGAUCAGAGAUGCAGAGAUCCAAUGGGUAUGGAGUCUCUUAACAUUCCAGCAAGCAGUAUUCAAGCUUCCAGCGAGUACAACGAUCAACAUGGUGCACGUCGUGCUCGUUUGAACAUCGUACCAGACAGUGGCGGUAUUGGAUCAUGGGCAGCAAGAUCAAAUGACCAGAACCAAUGGAUCCAAGUAAACCUUGGACAGGUGAAGGAAGUUACUGGUGUGAUAACUCAAGGAAGAAAUGGUAACUAUGACCAAUGGGUGACUUCUUAUGAAGUCCUGUACAGCAUGGAUGGCAACAACUGGGAGCCUGUUUUUGGAAGUGAUGGACAACCAAAGGCUUUUGUUGGAAAUAGUGACAAAAACACUGAAGUCACAGCUUUAUUUUUCGAAUCUCUGACAACACAAUAUGUUCGCAUUCAUCCCCUUGCAUGGAAUGGACACAUUAGUAUGAGAUUUGAGGUUCUAGGUUGUGCAGUGACAGACGAUACAUCUGCAGGGCUAUGUCGUGAACCUGCUGGACUCGAGUCACUUGAAAUACCGUCAGCAGCAAUAUCAGCUUCCAGCGAAUACAAUGCUCAACAUGGUGCACGUCGUGGUCGACUCAACUUGGCUCCUGAUGGUGAUGGCAUCGGAGCGUGGGCAGCAAGAUCAAAUGACCGUAACCAAUGGAUCCAAGUCAACCUGGGAGAGGUGACAGAAGUUACUGGUGUGAUAACUCAAGGAAGAAAUGGUGACUAUGACCAAUGGGUGACUGCUUAUGAGGUGCUUUAUGGAAUGGAUGGCACCAAUUGGAAUUCAAUUCUUGGAGCAGAUGGACAAGCAAGGGAAUUUGUUGGUAAUUCUGACAAGGAUACACAAGUAACAAACCUCUUUCCUGCAGCAGUAAAUGCACAAUACAUCCGAGUCCAUCCUUUAAGAUGGAAUGGUCACAUUAGUAUGCGAUUUGAAGUCCUUUCAUGUCCAAGCGAAGAUCAAGAACCUCAAGUUACACAUGGAGCGUCAUGCAUCGAGAAUGGUUUAGGUAUGGAAUCCAGAGCUAUCCCAUCAAGCAAGAUCCAGGCUUCCAGCGAACACAAUGCCCAACAUGGUGCACGACGUGCUCGACUGAACAUCGUACCAGACAGUGACGGCAUUGGAUCAUGGGCAGCCAGGAGCAAUGAUCGUGACCAAUGGAUCCAAGCUGACCUGAGUGAAGUGAGAAGAGUAACCGGUGUGGUAACCCAGGGACGUAAUGGAGACUUUAACCAAUGGGUGAAAUCUUACGAGGUCUUGUACGGUAUGGAUGGCACCAACUGGGAGACAAUUAUGUUCAGUACAGGUGUGCCAAUGGAAUUUGUUGGUAAUUCAGAUAAAGACACUGCUGUCACCAAUUUGUUACCUGUUGAAGUUCAGGCCCGGUUUAUUCGAAUACAUCCUCUCACCUGGAAUGAACACAUCAGCAUGAGAUUUGAGGUCCUAGGAUGUCCAGGAUCUGAACCCGUUGAGGAAUUCUGUGAAGAUGCUUUGGGAGUGGAGACUGAAGAUAUCCAGUUAAUAGCAUCCAGUGAGUAUAAUGCACAACAUGGAGCUACACGUGGUAGACUCAAUAUCACACCAGGAAAUGGUGGUAUUGGUGCUUGGGCUGCACAAUCCAACAACCAAAACCAAUGGAUUCAAGCUGAUAUUGGUGCUUUGAAAGAAGUAACUGGAGUAAUCACACAAGGUCGCAACGGAGGCUAUGACCAAUGGGUGACAUCAUAUAAAGUAUCUUACAGUAUUGAUGGCAGUAACUUUGAACCAGUUAUGGGAACCAGUGGCCAUGCAGCAGAGUUUGUAGGAAACGCUGACCCAGAUACAGCAGUUACUAAUCUGUUUGCUGCCCCUGUACAUGCUCAAUAUAUACGUAUUGAACCAAUCAGCUGGAACAACCACAUCAGUAUGAGGAUAGAGAUAGUUGGAUGUCCAGAAGAAAUUCCAGAUGAGAGGUGCAGAGAUCCAAUGGGUAUGGAGUCCAUUAUCAUCCCAGCAGACAGUAUUCAAGCUUCCAGUGAGUACAACAAUCAACAUGGUGCACGCCGUGCUCGUCUGAACAUAGCUCCUGACAGUGAUGGCAUUGGAUCGUGGGCUGCAAGAUCAAAUGACCAGAACCAAUGGAUCCAAGUAAACCUUGGACAGGUGAAGGAAGUUACUGGUGUGAUAACUCAAGGAAGAAAUGGUAACUAUGACCAAUGGGUGACUUCUUAUGAAGUCUUGUACAGCAUGGAUGGCAACAACUGGGAAUCCAUUCUUGGAAAUGAAGGUCAACCAAAGGCAUUUGUUGGCAAUACUGACAAGAACACUGAAGUCACAGCUUUAUUCUCUGAAUCUCUGACAACACAAUAUGUUCGUAUUCAUCCCCUCACAUGGAAUGGUCACAUUAGCAUGAGAUUUGAGGUUCUAGGUUGUGCAGCUCCUGCUGAAAUCAGUUCUGGUAUGUAA